CUGCAUAUUUCUGGGCUCUCUUUCUGAUUCCAGCAUGAGCAAGACCGAAGAUCUUAACAUGGUCCUUCCCUUUCCAUUCAAUAAGAAUUGGAGUUUAGAGCGAGGCCUCCUCACACAUAUCCCAGGUUACUGCAGAAACACAACUGACCUUACUGUCUUUCUAGUCACCUCCUAUAGCUUAGAAACCAUCCUAGGCAUCCUGGGAAAUGUUUGCCUGAUUAGUGUCAUAGUCAGGCAGAAGGAGAAGGCCAAUGUCACCAGCAUACUCAUUACCAACUUGAUAGUCUCUGACUUGUUCAUGAGCAUCGUCUGCCUGCCUUUCACCAUCAUCUACACCCUGAUGGACUACUGGAUAUUUGGUGAGGUCAUGUGCAAAAUGACUUCCUUCAUCCAGUGCACUUCUGUGAGUGUGUCAAUUCUCUCCCUUGUCCUCAUUGGUCUGGAAAGACACCAGCUCAUCAUAAAUCCAACUGGUUGGAGGCCAAGCAUCCCCCAAGCCUAUCUAGGGAUUGUAGUCAUUUGGACAUUAGCUUGCCUCAUGUCCCUGCCCUUUCUGACGACCUCCGUCUUGACAUAUGACUUGUACAAGCAGAUAUCCUAUAUUACAGAUUCUUCUGCCGACAAGGCCAUAUGCAUGGACUCGUGGCCGUCUGACCAGCACCGACUCAUCUACACCACCGCCUUGCUGCUGUUCCAGUACUGCAUCCCUCUCUUCUUUAUCCUGGUUUGCUACCUGCGUAUCUAUUUACGCCUGCAGAAGAGAAAGGACAUGUUUGAGAAGAGUGCAUACAAUGGCCGGGUGGUUCAGCUGAGGAGGAUAAACAUUUUAUUAGUAUCCAUGGUGAUCGCCUUUGCUGUUUGCUGGUUACCAUUGCAUGUUUUCAAUAGCAUUGAGGACUGGGAUUACAAAGCCAUUUCCCCUUGCCACCACAACCUGAUCUUCUCAUUGUGCCAUCUAGUAGCCAUGGCUUCCACCUGUGUCAACCCUGUUAUCUAUGGGUUCCUAAACAAUAACUUCAAAAAAGAAGUGAAGUCGCUGAUACUGAGCUGCCAGCAUAAUUCAUCUAGCCAGCAGGGAACAGCUUCUGAAGUCUCCACUGAAGAGACUUCAGGAAGGUUAUUACACAUGGAUGCUAAAAAAACAGAUGGCACCAUAGUCUGACUCCAACAUGUGCACCAUAGCCA